GCCCGAGGUCCCGGCUAUGGCCGCGGCUACCAUAGUCCACGACACGUCUGAGGCGGUGGAGCUGUGCCCCCCGUACGGCCUGUACCUGAAGCCCAUCACGAAGAUGACCAUCAGCGUGGCGCUCCCGCAGCUGAAGCAGCCCGGGAAGUCCAUCUCCAACUGGGAGGUGAUGGAGAGGCUGAAGGGCAUGGUGCACAACCACCAGUUCUCCACGCUGCGCAUCUCCAAGAGCACCAUGGACUUCAUCCGCUUCGAGGGCGAGGUGGAGAACAAGAGCCUGGUCAAGUCGUUCCUGGCCUGCCUGGAUGGCAAGACCAUCAAGCUCAGCGGCUUCUCCGACAUCCUCAAGGUGCGCGCCGCCGAGUUCAAGAUCGACUUCCCCACCCGCCACGACUGGGACUCUUUCUUCCGUGAUGCCAAGGACAUGAACGAGACGCUGCCCGGGGAGCGGCCGGACACCAUCCACCUGGAGGGGCUGCCCUGCAAGUGGUUCGCCCUCAAGGAGUCGGGCUCCGAGAAGCCCAGCGAGGAGGUCCUGGUCAAGGUGUUUGAGAAGUUCGGGGAGAUCCGGAACGUGGACAUCCCCAUGCUGGACCCCUACCGCGAGGAGAUGACCGGGCGCAACUUCCACACCUUCAGUUUCGGGGGCCACUUGAACUUCGAGGCCUACGUGCAGUACCGCGAGUACGUGGGCUUCAUCCAGGCCAUGAGCGCCCUGCGCGGCAUGAAGCUCAUGUACAAGGGGGAGGACGGAAAGGCCGUGGCGUGCAACAUCAAGGUUUCCUUCGACUCCACCAAACACCUGAGCGACGCCUCCAUUAAGAAGCGGCAGCUCGAGAGGCAGAAGCUUCAGGAGUUGGAGCAGCAGAGGGAAGAGCAAAAGCGCAGAGAGAAAGAGGCCGAGGAGAGGCAGCGAGCGGAGGAAAGGAAACAGAAGGAACUCGAAGAGCUGGAGAGAGAGAGGAAGCGGGAGGAGAAGCUGCGCAAGAGGGAGCAGAAGCAGCGCGAUCGCGAGUUCCGUCGGAACCAGAAGAAGCUGGAGAAGCUGCAGGCGGAGGAGCAGAAGAAGCUGCAGGAGAAGAUCAAGCUGGAAGAGCGCAAGCUGCUGCUGGCCCAGCGCAACCUGCAGUCCAUCAGGCUGAUCGCCGAGCUGCUGAGCAGGGCCAAGGCCAUGAAGCUGCAGGAGCAGGAGCAGAAGGAGGAGACGCUGCGGCUGCAGCAGCUGGAGGAGAGGCGGCGGCUGCAGGAGGCCGAGCUGCGGCGCGUGGAGGAGGAGAAGGAGCGCGCGUUGGGGCUGCAGCGCAAGGAGCGGGAGCUGCGGGAGCGCCUGCUGAGCAUCCUGCUGAGCAAGAAGGCCGACGACCCGCACACGCAGGACGAGCUCGGCGUCUCCCACGCAGACCUGCUGCAGCCCGUGCUGGACAUCCUGCAGACCGUGUCGGCCGGCUGCGUGGGCGCGGCCUCCCUGCACCCCCUCGUGGGCCAGCCGCCCCCCGGCACCCCGAGGGAGACCCCGCCCCGGCCGGAGGCCGACAGCACGCCCAAAAAUGUGAACGGGAGCCUGGCUGAGGAGGCCCAGUGCAGGGAAGGCCUGAGCGCUCGGCUGGCCGCCGCGGGGGACGGCUCACCUGAGAAGAGGUGCCCCGGCGUCCUCGCCUGCAUUCCCGACAACAACCAGCAACCCAAGGGCGUGCCCGCCGCCUGUGACCAGAGCGUACCCAAAAAGGACACCCGUUCGGAGCAAGACAAGUGCAACCGCGAGCCCAGCGGGAGCCGCGGCCGGUCCAGCGGGGGCCGGGGGGAGGACGACAGACACAAGCGGGAGAGGAGCCGGCCGCGGCGGGCUGGCAGCCGGGAGGACGGGAGGCAGCCGCGGAAAGAGCGGCGGCAGCACAAGAAGCACUCGCGCCAGGACGACAGCCCUCCGCGGCGCAGCGCGAGCCCCGACCACAACCGCUCCCGCAGGUCCCACAGCAGGGAGCGCUCCAGCCGCAGGGAGCGGAGCCGCGACCGCAGGGGCGGCUCGGGCAGGAAGCGCAGCCGCCACCGCCGCAGCGACCGCGACCGGUCGCGCUCAGGGUCCCCCAGCCGGCACCGCAGCACCUGGAACAGGUAAUGCAGGGCGUUCCCGCACGUGGCCGUCCCGCGGAGACGAGGCCCUGUGGCGCUCUGGCCCCUCCUCUGCCCGGCCUCCGCAGAGCGCAGCCAGGGGGCCACCGGGCAGGACGGCCGCGCCUUGCAAGUGUCCCUUGGUGAGCCUCUGGCGGCCCUUGUGUCGGAACGCGCAGCCCUCAGUCGCUAGCUUUAGUUGUCCCUUCAAACUGUUGAUCCGAUAGCUUUAACGUCACCGAUUCCCUCUCAGUCAGGAAACGCGCUUGCCGAGUGGUGACGAGUGCAGAGCCCCCUGUACACGCAGGCGGAGCAGCGUCUCUGUCCCCUUUGGGGGCACCCGCAUGUGCGCUGAUUCUCGGGAGGCCGGUUGCACGUCACUGGGGACAGACGGUCACGUAUGGACAGACGGCCAUGGUCCCACAGGGCCACGAAAAUUCGAAAAGGCCCUGCCCUGGUGGUGUGUUUUUUUUUUUUUUUUUUUCUUUUUCUUUUGUGAUUUUAACUGAUUGGGAAGCGCAGUUAGGAUGCCAGUAGCACCCGGCGGCGCUGGUGACCCGUCACGUCACGCCUGGAGACCGUGCCAGUCCUUAAGGUCAACACUCAGACGUGCUUUCUAAGGCGUCGGUGCGCGGGGGGCGCCCCCAGCACGGUCCGAUGCUCGUUCGCUUCAGAGACGUUCACGUUACAAACUGGUGAUUAAGCAUAUAAAGAAAAAAAAAGGGGGUUGGUUAAAAGCUUUGGUUUCUAGUCGAGGUUAGCGUGUGUGGUUUUUUUAAGAAGCUGUUUUGCUAAAUUAUUUUUACUUGGAACGUUUCAAACAGAUUUAAGGCUAAAAACUUGUUAAAUUUUAUAAUCAUUUGCUUCUCCAAGUGAAGCUCAAGAAACACUUAAAAAUAGCUGUAAUGUUUGCGUUAGGAAAGAUGGUGUUUAUUCCAGUUUGCAUUUUUUUGUGAAAUAAAACCUUUUUCCAAUGAACUAA